AUGUCUGAGACCAUAAAACCCGCUGCUCCCAGCCAAGCUGCGGAGGAGAAGGAGAAGGCGGCCCCAGCGCCAACUCCAUCCUUUGACCCUGCUCCCAUCGCAAACAGCAAGGGCGAGGAGCCCUCCACAGAAGCCUUCAGGAUCAUCGUCUUCGACCAGGAGAACUUCCAGGGCAGGCAGAUGGAGUUCACCAGCGAGUGCCUGAACCUGGCGGACCGCGGCUUCGACCGGGUACGCAGCGUCAUUGUCACCUCUGGACCCUGGGUGGCCUACGAGCAGGCCAACAUGCGCGGGGAGAUGUUCAUCCUGGAGAAGGGCGAGUACCCUCGCUGGGACACCUGGUCUAGCAGCUACCGGAGCGACUGCUUCAUGUCCAUGCGUCCCAUCAAAAUGGAGGCUGAGGACCACAAAAUCUCCCUGUACGAGUCUGCUGACUUCAAGGGCAACAAGAUGGAAAUCCAGGAGGAUGACGUGCCCAGCCUCUGGGCUUACGGCUUCCGCGACCGCGUGGGCAGCGUGCAGGUGCCCAGUGGAACCUGGGUCGGGUACCAGUACCCUGGCUACAGAGGCUACCAGUACCUCUUUGAGACCGGAGACUUCCGACACUGGAACGAGUGGUCUGCCUUCCAGCCCCAGAUCCAGUCCAUCCGCCGCAUCCGGGACAUGCAGUGGGACCAGAAGGGCACCUUCAUCGCCCCCGACGCGCCCUCCGACUGA